CAAUGACGCGGCACAAGGAGGAAGUCAGUCGGUCAGCUUGUUACCUGCUGAAAGUUGACAGCCAACACACUCGCCAUGGUGCAGGUGGGAGGAUGGUACGACCGGCUCCUCAUGGAAACGUUAACGCACCGGGAGCACAACGGACUGAAAUGCAAAGAGGUACACAACUAUCACAACACCAUAAAGAAAGGGUCAGAGCUGAUUGCUGCCUCCGGGCAGCACACGCUGGAGUCCUCUGAACAUGUGCCCAUGCUCGUGGCUGUCCCAUUAUACCUGCGCUCAUGUGUUGUCAUCCUGUUUGGCUACCUGAGAGACUUCCUCAAAACAGUGGGUUUAGGGAAGCAUACUCAAACCCAAGAAAGAAAAGAGCAGAGGAAACAUGUCCGGGGUCCAGAAGUCACCUCUGGCCAGCACAGACAGGAAGUUUUUGAAAAGGCGCCCAUGCACGUGGCUGUCCUGACAUACAUGGGAUUUGGCAUAGUCACCCUCUUUGGCUACUUCAGAGACUUCCUCAGAGCUGUGGGCUUAGAGAAGUGCAAUCUCGCACAGGAACGAGAGGAACAGAAGGAUUUUGUACCACUUUACCAAGACUUUGAGAACUUCUACACCCGAAACCUGUACAUGAGAGUACGAGACAACUGGAACCGGCCGUUAUGCAGCCUGCCAGGGCCUGUCGUCGACCUGAUGGAGCGAGUUUCUGAUGACUACAAUUGGACAUUCAGAUUAACGGGCAGGGCAAUACACAAUGUCAUCAACAUGGGCUCCUACAACUACCUCGGGUUUGCAGAGAACAAUGCCGAUUACCUUGAAACGGUGGCAGACAAAGCACACCAGUAUGGGGUCGGCGUUUGUAGCACACGGCAGGAAACAGGUACCCUGGACAUUCAUGUCGAGCUUGAGUAUCUAGUGGCCCGUUUCAUUGGAGUGGAGUCCUCCAUGGUGUUUGGGAUGGGUUUUGCCACCAACUCUAUGAACAUUCCUGCACUUGUUGGCAAGGGCUGUUUGAUCCUGAGUGAUGAGCUCAACCACACUUCUCUCAUCUUAGGGGCUCGAUUGUCGGGAGCGACCGUCAAGGUGUUCAAACACAACAACAUGGUCCAUUUAGAGAAAGAGUUAAGAGACUCAAUCUGCUCAGGGCAGCCUCGGACCCACAGACCCUGGAGGAAAAUCCUGAUUAUGGUGGAAGGCAUCUUUAGCAUGGAGGGCUCCGUGGUACGACUCCCUGAACUGAUCGCUCUGAAGAAGAAAUAUAAGGCAUGUCUGUACCUGGAUGAGGCCCACAGCAUCGGUGCAGUGGGGCCAGGAGGGAGGGGCGUGACAGAGAUGUUUGGGGUGAACCCAGCAGACGUGGACGUGAUGAUGGGCACCUUCACCAAGAGCUUUGGGGCUGCUGGAGGCUAUAUUGCUGGCAAAAAGGAUUUGGUCGACUACCUGCGUAGCCAGUCCCACAGUGCCAUGUACACCUCGAGCAUGUCUCCUCCUGUUGCUGAGCAGAUCAUACGGGCCAUAAAGUGCAUCACAGGACAGGAUGGCAGCACAGAGGGCAUGCGCCGCAUCCGACAAUUGUCUCAGAACACCAGAUACUUCCGGGCCAAGGUGAAGAAAAUGGGCUUCAUCAUCUACGGCAACGAGGACUCCCCUGUGGUCCCCAUCCUGCUCUACAUGCCAGGCAAAGUGGUAGCUUUUGCUCGAGAAAUGCUUGAGAGGAAAAUUGCCGUGGUCGUGGUCGGCUUCCCCGCUACGCCAAUAACCGAAGCCCGCGCUCGCUUCUGUAUGUCUGCAGCCCACACCAGAGACAUGCUGGACGAGGUGCUGCACCACCUGGACGAGGUGGGAGACGGCCUGGGUCUGAAGUUCUCACGACGGAAACAAUCCUGCUGGUCUGACCUCUGUAACGAGACUGACUUUGAGCCGGAUGGCUAAUGCAACUGUUGACCUCUUCACUUGACUGUGUCAAAACCACACACAACCACAAAUCCACAUAGAACUGGAACACACAGUGUUUAGACCACGGAAGUGCCCACUCAGCAGUCACAGGUUGAUUUGAUCAACAAAAAAUGCUAAGUACCAGAAGAUCGUGCACCCAGAAUAUCCUCGGUUCUCCUUGGAUUCUCUCCAGUUUAUGCUAUGUAAUGUAUUGUGUUGGAAAAAUAUACAGAAUUUGUAAAUGCAUUGAAUGAAUAAGGCCAUGUGAAAUAACCAGCCACAGCACAAGGUACACUUGCACAAUUUAAUGGCCUUCUAUACACUGUGACGCUGACACAGAUGUAUUAAAUGCUGCGUUACAAAAUGUGGUUCCUUACCCUAUAAAGAAAAGAGAAAAAUACUAGCCAGAGAUAAGUUAUUAAAAUAAAAUAUUGACAAAAGUAAGAAUAUAUGAUAAAAGAGGAUUUAAAUUGAAGAUACACAUGCAUCUGGAGUAUUAACGACAAGCCUAUAGAAUAUAUAUGAGGGACAGUCUAACAGUAAUGUAAUUUAAUAAGCAAUUUAACUUAAACUCCUAAUAAUAGUUUUUUUUUUUCAUUGAAAUGUUCAAUUUUUAGUUUAAAUACAUGUUUUUAGGUUUGUUUAGAAAAAAACCUUUAUUUAAGCCUGUCCUCUUCCUGUCAGCCAUUUUGGAAAUGACAUCAUUGUUGGAUAUCAGUCAGAAGCAGACAGCUGUGAUUGAAUUUAGUGUUCUGGAGGGCGAACCACCACUAAACAUUUUCAAAAGGUUGCAAAAUGUGUAUGGGGAAGCUGCAAUAGGCUACAGCAUAGUCAAAAAGUGGGUGUCCAGGAUCAAAGGUGAAGCACAAGCUCCUGCUUUGAGUGACCUCCGUGGCAAGCAAAAGAGCUUGUGAAGUCAUCAGUUCCUUUGUCUGGACUACCAUAAUCCAUCCCACACACUCACCUGAUCUGGCACCAUCAGAAUAUGACCUUUUGGGACCUUUAAAAGAAGGAUUUAGCAGUCAGCACUUCUCUGAUGACGAACAAGUUAAGGAUGCUGCAAAACAAAAAUGGUUAAAAGCGUAGCCUACUGAAUUUUACGAGCUUGGCAUACAUGGCCUUGUUAAAUGAUGAACAGUCGAUGUUGAGAAGAAGGAAGAUAAUAUUGAAAUUUAGCGAUGAAAACCCCUCUUUAUGGGCUUUAUUUCUAAGCGUAUAUUGCCUUUUUAUUGCAAUAAAUAAAGCCAGAGGAAAAUUGGGCUCAUUACUUUUUGACUUCCCCUCGUACUAUAGGGGCAAAGAUAUUUGUUCACUUGAAUCUUGCGACGACAAGAUCUGGAAACUGUAAAUGAUGGAAGUACCUCAAUUCACACACGGCUAACAUGCAAGGAGUGCAGACAGCUGUGAAGAUUCAAAUAUGAGUGUAUGUUUUGCGUAAGACUUGAGAAAAGGGUCCAGACUUGCAGGGUGCCACCCACGUUUCACUGCCAGCUGCAAGCUGUUUUUUUGUGAGUGUAAAAAAAAAAGAAAAAAAAAUUUUCUUUCUUUUUUUUGUUUUUUUUAUAAAUCUUCUUAACAUGAGAAGGUUUGGAAAGCAUGUCCUGCCACAACUUUUAACAAGAGGAGGUUUGAAAACUUUGCAACUUUUAAUCCUGUACCAACCAAUCUCUGUCCGCCCUUUAAAGCCUUUUUUAAGUUCUAGAUCAAGGAAUUGACUAUAUAACUGUGUUCUUUUUUUGAUUAAAUCAUGUUUGAUUCUU